AAGUAAAAAUCCCCAACUUAAAACGGUGACAGUUGUCAAGUUUGACACAUGUAACACGAGUUUGAAGUCCCAGUUUUUGUUAAAUUUGGACUAAACAAACAUGGUCGAAAAUAAGCCGGUGGACACGUCGGAGAAAUCUGAUAGCAAGAAAGCGGCCAAAAAGGACGCAAAAAAGGCUGAAAAAGCCGCCAAAAAGGCCGAACACAAAGCCAACAAAGACCAGUCUCAAACAAAAGUAGAGGAUGAGAACGACGUAUCCGUGGGAAAAUAUGGAACACUGCCGUUAAUACAAUCAGACAUCACUGCCACAAACUUGGACCGAAAAUUCACCUACGUAAAAGAUUUGAAUAAAUCUUUAUCAGGUUCAGGUGUUUGGGUGAGAGCAAGACUCCACACUGUUAGAGCUCGAGGCAAACAGUGUUUUAUCGUGUUAAGACAAAGAGAGUUUUCAGUUCAAGUACUGGUAAAUGUGUCAGACACGGUCUCCAAAGCCAUGGUUAAAUUUUCAAGCACGAUUACGAAAGAAAGUAUAGUUGAUGUGGAAGCUAAAGUCGCCCCAGUACCCACUGCCGUUGCUGGGUGUUCCCAACAGGACGUCGAACUCCUUGCCUCACAAAUCUGGGUUGUCUCAGCCUCCGCCCCACAACUCCCACUUCAAAUUGAAGAUGCCAGCAGACCAGAGAAAGCUGACGACCCUGAAGGUUUGAACAUCAGAGUUAACCAAGACACGCGAUUGGAUAACCGAAUUUUGGACCUGCGCACUCCAACAAAUCAGGCCAUUUUUAGGCUAGAGGCCGGGGUUUGUCGCCUGUUCAGGGAGGUUUUAACAAAUAAGGGUUUCGUGGAAAUUCACACCCCGAAAAUAAUUCCUGCCGCCUCGGAAGGUGGCGCUAAUGUCUUCACAGUCAGUUAUUUCAAAGGCUCAGCGUACUUGGCUCAAAGUCCACAGUUGUACAAACAAAUGGCCAUUGCGGCCGAUUUCGACAAAGUUUUUACAAUUGGGGCCGUUUUCCGAGCCGAGGACUCAAACACCCACCGGCACUUGACCGAAUUCACGGGUUUGGACUUGGAAAUGGCUUUCAGUUACCAUUACCAUGAAGUAAUGUUGACUAUUGGGGACUUGUUUACACAGAUGUUUAAGGGAUUGCGCGACCAGUAUAAGAGAGAAAUUGAAAUUGUUGGUCAACAAUUCUCAGUUGAACCUUUCACUUUCUUGGACCCGCCUUUGGUUUUGCAGUUUGAAGAGGGGCGGAAAUUGCUGGCGGAAGCUGGGGUUGAGGUGGGGCCUGAAGAUGACUUAAGUACUCCUGCUGAAAAGUUACUGGGGCGUUUGGUGAAGGCUAAGUAUGAUACGGACUUUUACAUUUUGGAUAAGUAUCCUCUGGCGGUGCGGCCGUUCUAUACAAUGCCUGAUCCUAAUAACCCAAAGACGUCAAAUUCGUAUGAUAUGUUUAUGAGAGGGGAGGAGAUAAUAAGUGGGGCGCAACGUAUUCACGAUCCCGAGUUGCUGACAGAGCGUGCCAAACACCAUGGAAUAGAUUUGCAGAAAAUUGCGUCAUAUAUUGAUGCAUUUAAGUAUGGAUGUCCACCUCACGCGGGCGGUGGGAUUGGUCUAGAGAGGGUUGUUAUGUUGUACUUGGGGCUUGAUAACAUCAGAAAGACUGCUAUGUUCCCCAGAGACCCAAAACGUAUUACGCCGUGAAGACUUAUUCUCUGAACAAAUAUUUUAUGUAUUAUAUUCAUUUUCAGUGCAAAUAAAUUUGAAUAAAUUUAUUCA